CAACGGGCAAUUUACUACCUGCAAUAAUAUUGAUCCAUAUUCCUUUUCCUCAUGCAUUUUCCCUGGUUAAGAUUCACAGGAGUCGCUAUUGGUCUAACGGGGUUCGGUUACCUGUUCAUGAAAGCCACCGUACCUACAGAGGAGCAGCUUUACAAUAGAAUGGCUCCAGAUAUCAGGAAAAAAGUUGAUGCUGCACGGGUGUUACGAGAGGCUAGAGAAAACGAGGUGAAGAAGCAAGCGGAAGCGCAGACCCCAGCACAAGAUGUCGACCCAGAUCAGUUGAAACCAAUAUGGGCUAACCCACCUUCGAGGAAAUGAAAUGAGGAUACCACUUGACACAGGCUACAUCUACACCACGCUCAGUCUCGCCCGUGCAUCCUGCAGUCCAAACCUAGUGCUUCUUUUGUCACUCUGUCUAUCUGACGUUGGAUCUCAUAGGUUAUGGGAAUCAAGUAUGUAGAUGAGGAAGGAAAUUUA